AUGGGUUUAACACAGCAGCUGUCAUGUAGGGGCGAGUCGAGCUAUGCCACUUCGCUAGCUUCAAGUGUCGUCGACUAUCCAGUAGAACAUGGCCGGCGUUACCACGCUUAUCGGGACGGCAAAUAUUCACGACCGAAUGACGAGCAAGAGAUGGACCGCCUGCUACUUCUUCAUGAGAUUAUGACCCGUGUCCAAGGCGGCCUCUAUUCUGCCCCCGUCGAGAAGGAGAAGAUCAAGCGCAUUCUCGAUAUUGGCACCGGGACUGGCGUCUGGGCGAUUUCCAUCGGCGAUGAGUUUCCCGAAGCCACGGUGAUCGGUAACGACUUGAGCGCCACCCAACCCACCUUCGUGCCUCCCAACGUCCGCUUCGAGAUCGACGACGUUGAAGACCCAUGGGUCAACGAUCACAAGUAUAGCUGGAUUUUCUGCCGCUACAUGGCCGCCAGCAUCUACGACUGGCCAAAGCUGGUGGCCAACAUUUACGAGAACCUAGAACCUGGCGGAUGGUGUGAAUUCCAGGACUUCGACCUGCAGUACUACUCCGAUGACGGGUCGCUGAAGCAAGAUGACGCGCUGCUAGUCUGGAUCUCGACGCUGCUCGACGCGGCGCGGUCGCUUGGGCGAGACCCAAAUCCCGGCUCCAAGCUCGAAGGGUGGGUGAAAGAAGCCGGGUUCGUGAACGUCGUCCACAAGCGGUACAAGAUCCCCAUUGGGCCGUGGGCUCGGGACCCGCUGUUGAAGGAGAUUGGCACCUACAAUUACAAGCAGGUGGACGGCGGAGUGGAGGGUCUGUCGAUGAGGCUGUUUACUCGAGUGCUGAAAUGGGAGGAACAGGAGAUCAAGGCGCUGGCGGCCCGGGUGAGGAAGGACCUGGCGAAUCCAAGGAUCCAUGCCUUGUUUGACUUUCAUGUUGUUUACGGCCAGAAACCGGAAUGAUGACUACCAGUGGAUAGCGGGGAUGGCGAAGGGAGUUCUGUCCGUCGACUUGCACCUGCACCGAACUCUGUUAGGAGGCCGAGACCAAAAAGGCGCCUAAUAUGCACAGAAGGGGUUACACGAGAUAUGACGAGAAGGUACUACACUGCAGUUCCAUCUCAAAGGGGGUUGCACCAACGUACCUCGCUUCUUUGAGUCGUUUCUGUGAGGGGCUGGAAAUCUUUGGUGGAAUUUUGAUUUCUCUAACACUAGUUUGGGAGAAGACCUGCUCAAGCCUUGUCUGAGCACAGGAAACAGCAAGGCUGACCUUUAUUAGUAUGAUGACAAAGAGAGCGGGCCAUUUUGCAGAAGCACAAAGCAUGUAAGCCGUCUUCUGCACCUGCAAUGAAUUCGUCAAAAACAACCUGGAACGAUUCACACUU